ACGAAUGUGCUUCCAGUCCGUGUAUGGCUAAUGAAGAUUGUACCAAUGGAUUGAACAUGUAUACAUGUGCGUGCUCUGCUGGUUAUGCUGGGACUCCGUGUGCAGAUAUCGACGAAUGUGCUUCCACUCCGUGUAUGGCUAAUGAAGAUUGUACCAAUGGAGUGAACAUGUAUACAUGUGCGUGCUCUGCUGGUUAUGCUGGGACUCCAUGUGCAGAUAUCGACGAAUGUGCUUCCACUCCGUGUAUGGCUAAUGAAGAUUGUACCAAUGGAUUGAACAUGUAUACCUGUGCGUGCUCUGCUGGUUAUGCUGGGACUCCGUGUGCAGAUAUCGACGAAUGUGCUUCCACUCCGUGUAUGGCUAAUGAAGAUUGUACUGAUGGAGUGAACAUGUAUACUUGUGCGUGCUCUGCUGGUUAUGCUGGGACUCCGUGUGCAGAUAUCGACGAAUGUGCUUCCACUCCGUGUAUGGCUAAUGAAGAUUGUACUGAUGGAGUGAACAUGUACGUAUACUUGUGCGUGCUCUGCUGGUUAUGCUGGGACUCCGUGUGCAGGUAAGCUAUCAGGUCAAAGCAGAUUACAUGCAAACACCUAU